AUGCAGCAGGUGGGACCUGCACCAGCGACAGUGCCGCCGUCGCCUUCGUUUCGCAUGUCCCGGUAUGCUCGUCGGCCGCAAUGCACCCACAUGAUGAUGAAUCGAGUGCACGGCCAAGACUUGAUCUGCGGCAUGUGCGGAAGCCCGUCCGAUCUAGGAUGGCUCUACCAAUGCGAACAGGACGACCGCAUCCCGCAGAAUGAAUCGCUGCCCGACAUCGACGCCACUCCUGUCAUUCCCGACAGCAGCGACUACUUUGACGCAAAGGCUCGAGUGGCCGAACAUUUGCACAUGAGCUCCAGUGUCAUCCAAGGCAUUCGAAAUGGAGACUAUGAUGUCGAUCAAAUUGACAGGCUCAUUGCCCAGAAGGAGAAGCUCAUUUCCGUAAUCACCGAGAAGGAGAGCCUGUCCGCCACUGCGCCUCCGAACUCUGUCCGGAACAGCUUCACUGCGCAGAAUGUCAUCUCUUCCAUCGGCUCGACCUACCAAGCGCCUCACCAGAACUGCCGUGUGAGCGCAUCUCUCCCCGCAAGCGCCACCUCAACGCCGCCUGUGCCCCGCGAGGAUAACAUCGCCACUCCUACCAAGCAAGACAGCGUUCUCGGCAAACGCUCUCAGAACAAGUGCUGCUUCCAAGUCUGCCACAGUUGCCGUCCAUACUUCGGAGACCGAGCGUAUGAGAAUUUCGAGACUGUGCUGCGCAACGAACCCCACUUUCUCAAUGAACUAAAAGGCCUGCCCAUCAUGGACGCCAACAUUGCCCGAAACAUAGGUCUCCGCCAACCAUUGCCUCACAUACUGCGUAGCUUUCAGUCUCAGCAAAGUAUGGACAUCACCGUUCACGACAGCACCGACGAUGCUUCCACGCAAAUCUCCGUCGAUUGGACACCUACAAACACAAACAUCGAAGACGAGUCGCCGCUCGACAGCGCCGAGCUCUUCCCUUGCCCCGGACCGCUACAGUGCCCAGUAUGGAGUCGUAAGUCAGGCUGCGCGUACGAUGCUGGCUUUGACGAUGGCAAGCGUGCCGAGAAUCAUGGCUUCCUCUCGAGAAUUACGCCAGAGAAUUCGAUGAGUCUCUUCACAGGCAGCGUCCAUGGCACUCCCUGUGAAGCGUCUUCUACGGCAUCGUCCAUCUCCUUGCCCACGCCCACUCGAUCACCACUCGCUCCGCUAAAAGCGAACUCCGUCUGUGGUGAGCUGAAUGGUGAGAACCAAAAGAUCGGCCUAAGAAGCAGCAGCAGCAGCAGUCUUGGAAGCGAGAUUGAAGUUGAAGGAGGCGUUGCGCUGACAGAAGAGGCAGUAGAAGCUCGCAUCCCUGAUAUUGUCACCGAUGAGUAG